AUGAGGGCAUGCCGAGUUAUGUAACACAACUACAAAGAAAUAAGUAUAUGACUAAAAAUAUUCUCUCAUGUCUACUUAAAAGAGAAUCCAAAGGAGUAGGUAAGUCCCAUCCCUGCCUCAGAAAGACCUGAGCUCUAAAGACUUCUUGAAUUCUCUUACUUCUGCAUUUGGACAAAGUUGUUUAGGGAACCACAAGCCACAGAUUAUUUCAGACUGGACCAACCCCUCUUAAACAAAGGGUGCUGAGUCAUGUGGUGAAGACAUGUUUGUUCUUGUUACCAGUCAACAGCUGAACCACAAAGAAGCCCCCCACGGAGGCGCCUGUCUGCCUUUUGAGGAACACAGACUGUGGUGCUGGAGGUGGUUAAUCCCCUGUUGGAAGUCUAUGAAGUCUAGAUGCAACAGAUGAUAUGCAAAGACUAAAUCUGGUUGUUCCAGCAAUGUGUGUCCUUCGCCCCCUCCUCCUGUCAGUGGUGAUUAUCAUAUGCUACUUUGUGACGGGACCGUACAAUUGCGUGGCUGCCGUGAAGAAGACCUCCUGCCACGUACAAGAUGGCAGAGCUGACUGCCGCCACCUCAGCCUCAGUGAGAUCCCUCAAAACCUUCCCAGGAACCUCACCAGCCUGGACAUGUCUCACAACAGAUUAAGGGGGGUUCCCCCUGUGUCACUAACCCCAUACCCAGGCCUCAUCCACCUUGAUGUCAGUUACAACAGUAUCACCAAGGUGGACGGGGGUUUGUGCCAGACUCUUCCUCUGCUGCAGACACUGAACAUGGAACACAAUGAAAUAUUUGUUCUGAAGAAGGAGGAUGUGAGCCAUUGCACUAAACUAACCCGGUUGAUUAUGGCCAGCAAUAGACUAAAGCUACAAGGAGAGCCCUUCUCUGCACUACAGAGCUUGAAAUUUCUUGAUGUUUCCAUAAACAAACUAAAAUCAGCCAAGCUCGGCACUCAACCUCAGUUGCCCAACCUGGUGAACCUCAAUCUGGCAUCCAAUGACUUCACCACUCUGAAGAAAGAUGACUUUUCGUUCCUUAACCAUUCGACCAAUCUACAAGUCCUCAACCUGUCAUCGGUGCCUCUAAAAAUAUUGGAGCCUGGUUGCUUUAAGCCCAUUUCAAGACUACAUACUUUAAUCAUGGAUAAGAGCAACAUGGGCACCCUGGUUAUCGCUAAACUCUGCAAAGAGUUGUCAGGGACAGCCAUUGAUGCCCUGUCUCUUCGGAACAUGAAUCUUGUCACCCUCGCAAACACAACCUUUGCAGGGCUACAGAAUACAUCUCUAUCCUUUCUGGAUCUGUCCCAUAAUGACAUGGUUAAAAUUGAAGAAGGUUCAUUUCAGUGGUUGACCAGACUUCAGACUCUGAUUUUGGAGGACAAUAAAAUCAAGCAUCUGACCAAGGACACAUUUCAGGGCCUCAAAAGUUUGAAAAAACUCCAACUGACAAAAGCUGUGGGGAAAAGUCAUACCUCUGCUAAAAUUGAUGAUUUCUCCUUUCAACCAUUAAGUGCCCUGGAGAGUUUGAUAUUACAGAACAGUAGAGUUCAGGAUAUCACAAAACACACAUUUACAGGUUUGACAAGUCUUAAAGAACUUGAUGUGAGCUGGAGUACCGCACUCAAAAACAUCAACAACGAGACCUUAGCUUCACUAGCAGGAUCACCCCUCAGAACGCUUAAUUUGACAGGAACAGCUAUAGCACAAAUUAAUCCUGGGGCCUUCUCCGUUUUCAGAAACCUCACUACUCUUUUUCUAAAUCACAACUUCAUCAGCCAAAUCUUCACUGGCAAAGAAUUUGAGGGACUGGACCAAGUUCAAGAGCUUUACAUGGGCAAUAACUACAUGAAAGUCAAUCUGAGCUCUACAUCCUUUGUUAAUGUGCCCAAUCUUAGGGUCCUGACUUUAGAAAAAAGCCUUACAGUCAAAGCUUUGGACUUGCAUCCAUCUCCAUUCAAACCCCUGCCCAACCUCACCAUCCUGGAUCUCAGCAACAACAACAUUGCUAACAUCAGAGAGGAUUUGUUGGAGGGGCUUGUGAACCUGAAGGUGCUGAAGCUCCAACACAAUAACUUAGCCCGUUUGUGGAAGAAUGCCAACCUAGGUGGUCCAGUGUUGUUUCUCAAAGGAGCACCAAACUUGAAAACCUUACUGAUGGACAGUAACGGACUGGAUGAAAUCCCAGCAGGGGGUCUGAGAGGGCUGCAUGACCUCCGUGAACUAAGCCUGGGUUCCAAUCUUCUCAAUAAUCUCAAGGACUCAGUGUUUGAUGAUCUGAACUCACUGGAGGUUUUAUUUUUAGAGAAGAAUACGAUCACAGCUGUGAGGCCCGAAGUGUUCAAAACUCCCAUGAGCAACCUUAGCCUGCUCAUCAUGGGCAAAAAUCCAUUUGAUUGCACAUGUGAGAGCAUCCUUUGGUUUGUAACAUGGUUGAAUAACACAAAUAUGACCAAUGUGCCAGGUCUCAGGGAACAGUAUAUGUGCAACACUCCGCUAGCUUACUUUAACCACUCCAUCAUGGAUUUUGACGGCCUCUCGUGCAAAGAUAUGACCCCAUUUCAGGCUCUUUACAUACUGAGCAGCACAGCUGUUAUCAUGCUUAUUGUUACCGCACUUCUGGUACGGUUCCAUGGCUGGAGGAUUCAGUUUUAUUGUAACAUACUGAUCAAUCGCACAUUAGGAUUUAGUGACGCCAAAGCUGAAGAGGGUAGGCUAUUUAAGUAUGAUGCUUACGUCAUACAUGCAGAGGAAGAUGCCAUUUGGGUGGAGAGAAGUAUGACCCCCUUAGAGAAAUCUGAAAAUUGCAAGUUUUGUUUGGAGGAUCGAGAUUCAGUCGCUGGCAUGUCACAGCUUGAAUCCAUUGUGGAUAAUAUGAGGAGGUCUCGAAAGAUCUUGUUUGUCAUCACUGAAAGUCUUCUCAGAGAUCCCUGGUGUAGACGAUUUACAGCCCAUCAUGCACUUCACCAGGUCAUUGAAGCUAGCAGGGACUCUGUGGUUCUGGUUUUCCUGCAGGAUGUUCACGACUACAAGUUAUCCCGUUCACUCUUCCUACGCAGGGGCAUGUUACGUCCAUGCUGCAUCCUGGACUGGCCUAUUCACAAGGAGAGGAUACCGGCCUUUCGCCAGAAGCUCCUCAUAGCACUUGGCAUGACUAAUCGAUUGCAGGAGUGAUUAUAUUCCAUUGGAAUUAAUAGGAAGUGUAACAAUAAUUACCGAUGUGUGUUCAAUUACUGCUAAUUGCUACCAAUUGCAGAUUGUUUUCUACCUUCUGUCUGAAUAUUGUGCUUAUAUAGUUACAGUAAAUUGUUCAAGUCAUUUUGUAUUUUCAUUGCAUUGCAGCUUUGCAUCAAUUAUAGGAAGUUUUUACUUGCCACCGUCGCCAAGUGCUUACUCAUGGUGGAAUUGUUGCGUCUCUUUAUAUUAUUAUUAUAAAGAGUAUGUUUUUUGUGUGUAUUUUUUGCAUAUUUGUUAUUUGCUUGUUCAAGUACUUUAAAUCAUAACAGAAAUCAAUGUGUUCUCCAAUGUUUUAAACUCCAGCGGUACAGUUUUUGAUAAGCCUUGUUUAGUCAUUUACUGUAUGUAAUAUUAAGUAUAAUAUAGCUAAGAGAAAAGCACAAAAAACAGUCUGGUUAAGUGAUGGCAUAAAUAAUUUAAGUCUUCAUUUACUCAUCAAUUGUCUUUAUGCAGUAAUUCCUCUCUUUCUACAUACAAAAUCUCAAAAUAAAACAUUUCAAGCUUUUCUUCCCCAA